CUUCUUUCAUGAGAGUAACUGUGAGAUAUUUUCUGAAGUGUGAGUCCAGUGUCAGCAGAAGUCUGUGUCGGUCAGAGUGAAGACGCUACAUUAGACUCAGAACACAGACUGACAGAACUCCAAACACUCAUAACACAAUCUGAAGCAGCAUUCACUCUCGACUCUUCUGGAAACUGGACAUCAGAGAAAUGCUGUUCAUCUUUGGACUGCUGCUGCUGCUGAAACCAACUGUUACAUGUGUGGAGAUGUUCUGCAGGUUUAAUCAGACAGAUCCCUGUUACGCAGCUCUGGGACACAAACUCUAUCUGCAGAUGGUGACGGAUGCUCGAGAUCAGAAUCUGACAUUAUUUAAGUGGAUAGACAAUAAAAUUGAUGGAUUUAUUAAUGUUAAGAAGAACAAGAUUUCAAAUGAACAUGAAUCCAUUAAAAACAGAUCUGAGUUUAUCUUUAAUAAUGGGACUCUGAUUAUAAACAGUGUGAUCAGAACAGAUUCAGGGAGAUACAGAUUAGAGAUCUAUGAUUCAACCGGCACACAGACACAUGAUGUAAAUCUUCCAGUGAUUGUUGAAGCUCCUGUUGGUUCAGUGGAACUGUCAAUCAUUUGCAGUGGGGAGAUGCGAGCGUCCUGCUCCUCUGAGGGGGAUCAGCUCAUCUUCAGCUGGACUCUGAAUGGACAAGAACUGGAGGAUAGAAAUAACAUCAUUCAUCUGGAUGAGGAAACUUCUGGAAACAUCACCUGCACUGUGAACAACCACGUCAGUCGUGGACAGAAGAUCAUUAGUGUAAACCGAUGUCCUGUUGAGUGUUCAGUGUCUGUGGUGUUUGUGGUGGUGUGGAGUUUGGAGAUGAUGCUUCUGUUGACUCUGUUGGGAGGUUUUCACAUCUACAUCAAAUACUGCAGCACACACACAUCAGGAACAACUACUGCAACUGUGACCUCACAUCUGACCUCUACAGUGACCGAUAGCACUUCAGGACAUGUUGUGUGUUCAGUGUCUGUGGUGUUUGUGGUGGUGUGGAGUUUGGAGAUGAUGCUUCUGUUGACUCUGUUAGGAGGUUUUCACAUCUACAUCACAUACUGCAGCACACACACAUCAGUUGAGUGUUCACUGUCUGUGGUGUUUGUGAUGGUGUGGAGUUUGGAGAUGAUGCUUCUGUUGACUCUGUUAGGAGGUUUUCACAUCUACAUCAGAUACUGCAGCACACACACAUCAGGAAGGAAACAGGAAGAGGAAAUCGCUCUAUAGAUCAAAACUGAGAAUGACAAGAUUUAGACACCGACAUCAACACAGAACAGAAGAUUCAUGAGAGAAACGGCAGAUUUCAUCACAGAUAUUAGAAAUCAUUUCAUAUGCAGUCUUUAGUUUUGAAAAUGUCUUUUGAUUUUGUAUCGACUUGAGACUCAUUUCAGUUUAUUUUUCACAUCAUUUUAACUCUAUAUCACAUAUUAGUCGUGUUGCUUUAAUCUGUCUGUUGGAUCAUGUUUGUUAAUAAUUCGUCUUCAUUUAUAGUUUUGAUAUUGUAUCUGUGUGAUUUUGGAGAGUUUGGUGUUUUGUCUCAUUUGAUUAUUUCAUAAUCAAUGAACUUCUUUCACGUUGUCAUUAUGGGGUAUUGUUUGCAGAAUUCUGAGGAAAAUAAUGAAUUUAAUCAAUUUUGGAAUAAAGCUGUAACAUAACAAAAUGUGGAAAAAGUGAAGCGCUAUGAAUACUUUCCAGAUUCACUGUAUCUAAUUAACUAGAGCGUGAAACAUUUUAACUGUGUAAUUUGGCGACCUUGUGUGGUUGACUUGAGUGUUGACAGUAACAGUUCUCUGAGAUGUAUAAGAAACUGGUCUGUAGAGAUCUGUGUGUUUCAGUACAACAAACAGAUGUUGGUUUAUUUUGAACCCAAACACUUUAUUGCCAGUUGAGUCAUUUUAAACCAGCCACUUUAAAAGUGCAAUGACACAUAAAUCAGAUAUACUGACAGUGAAAAUUGCUUUAUAUAUAUAUACUGCAUAAAUACAAUGAAAUAAAUGAAAUUUCGUUGAUAAUGUUUUCCAGUCUUGCUCACUAGGGGGCGCUUCAGCACCCUCAGCACCCCCUUCUCAUGCAUUUGCUUCUGAACCUGCAGUACUUUAGUUUCACAAUGCAUGUAACAUUUCUCUGAGAGCAGAAAACAUCCUUGCACGUGCACAGAACAGCACGUCACCCCAUUAUUCUGAAGUGCACACAGACCAUGUUUAUCUGUCUUUAA